AUGCCAGACCUAAGUACAGUUUUUCUUGCUACUUCAUUAACUGUUCUCUACGGUGGUUCAUUAGUAAAACUUAUCAACGAAUGUUUUGUUAUAAGUUGGAAUCAGAAACAAGAUAUAAUUACUGCUGAUGAAAAUUUAAUAAAAAGAUUAAAAGCUGCAUUGGCAAGAAAAGAUUUUUUAAAAUAUCAUUCAUCCGAUCCUAUUAAAACAAUAACCAUGACUAAAUCAUUAAAAUUUUACAAUAGUAACAAUGAGCAAGGGGAACUUAAAGCUAUUCCGAUUUUUGAACCUCUUUUCUCAAAUUGCAUUACUCUUUUCGCAUUUGAUAAUUCAACGAAUGCACUUGUGGCGAGUAAAAUGGAUUUAAAACCAGGUGGUGGGCGAGCAGUAAAAAUGAGAGAUAUUGUUUAUGGAUCUGAUAAUCCAUAUCGAUCUACCAAAAGGAAUCUUUAG